AUGCCGUCUGAAAAACGGAAACUAAUACAACUCCAAAAUGAGAGAGCUAAAAUAGCUAAAACAAAUCAAUCUCUUACUUCAUUCUUCUGUGUUGCACAAAGCACUAAUACAGGCACAGAGGUUGCAACAAAAACUACUGUUACGGAAACGUCAGUACCACAGAACAGGAAAAUCCUGAAACCCCACAAGACUGGUAGUGAUAAAGCCAAGCACAAAGUAGAGUUUGACCGUAGCUGGACUCGGGAGCGACCCUGGUUAUUACACAAAGUUGACACUGACAAUGAAGGAAAUAAAGUGGAAGUUAUGUUAUGUGAGUUGUGUAGUAAACAUAAGACUCAAGGGAGAAAUGGGAAUUCUGUUUGGAUCACGACUGGUUGUAAAAGUCUGCGCCUUGACAGAGUAACCGACCACGAGAGGUCAGAUCAGCACAAGGAUGUGGUGAAACUAGAAACUGAAGAUCAAAUGACAAUUGACAAUUCAUUCAAUGAAAAAACUCCACUAAGUGACAAGGAAUUUGAAGCUGUCGUGUGUGCGUCAAAAGUGGUACAUUUCUUAGUGAAACAUAACAUUCCGCACACAACUGUGUAUGAGGACUUCAUUGACUUCGCUAUUAAUGAACUGAAAAGUCCGGUACUAGCCAACCUUUCCAAAGGCAAAAAUGCCACGUACAAAAGUCGUGCCACAGCAGAGGAACUGCUAACAGCUAUGUCCGAUGACAUUCAAGAGACUGUGAAACAGAAUAUCAAACAAAGUCACGCGUACUCCGUCCUCACUGAUGAGGUGACUGAUGUAUCUAACAAGAAACAUCUUGCGUUUUGUGUACAGUAUGCAAACUCAGACAGUGGAGAAAUUAAUGUAGAUUUCGUAAAAGACAUUCAGGUUGAUGACGGCAAAGCCGAAACAAUAUUUAAAGCAACUGAAACAUUAGUACAGAACGAACUUGGAAUGGACAAUUUUGUUGCGUUUGGGAGUGAUGGCUGUAAUACAAUGAUCGGUAAGAAAACUGGAGUAGCCACACGUCUUAAGGAAAUAAAACCAGAGGUUGUUACAGUCCACUGCCACAAUCACAGACUUGCUUUAGCUGCAAAGGACAGCUUUGAAUCUAUCAAACAGUUUCGGGAUACAGACGAUGUGUUAUCGGGUAUUCACAAAUACUACAAAUCCUCCAGCAACAGAACCAGAUCCCUGGAGAAACUACAAAGUGUACUUGAAGACUGUGAUCAGAAACAUAUCAAGCAAGUUGCUCACACACGCUGGUUGUCACACCAUGACGCAGUGACAUCUCUCAGAGAUACUUACGGGGCGGUGAUCAUGGACCUUGAGGACGCUGUUGAAUCGGGAAAAGAUAAAGUGCGAAUAGGAUCAGGCCCCUCAGCCAGUGGACUUGGAAAGAAAUUGAAAACCUACCAGAGUGUACAUAUCAUUCAUUUCUUGUGUGACGCUCUUAGACCCCUGACUCAGUUGGCCCUGACAUUUGAGUCUAACAAUGUUGACUUGUCAGUUAUCAAACCAAAGAUGGAUGCCACCAUUUCUGCCCUAAACAAACUUAAGAGUGUGGAUGGAGUAAGCAUGAAAAAGAGCAGCAAACUUCUACAAGAAUUCGAAAUCACACCAACAGAAGAUGAGAUUAACCGUGUGAAACAUGCUGAGUGCCUUUUUGUUGACAACCUUGUUGCAAAUAUUGAAUCCCGGUUAGAGAACAGUGAUGUUAUUGAUAGUAUGUCUGUGUUUGCUAUGAAAGACACUGGUGCUCUGGCUGGCAAUGAUGAAAUUGAAAUGCUAGCAGACCACUUCAGUUUUGACAUUGAUCAGUCGCUGUAUGAAUAG